ACUAUAGCAACAACUCUAGCACGAUAUUUAAAAAAAGUCAUAUUUAUUGAGAAGUUAAAAAAAAGCUUUUAAAACUGUUCGAAUUUUUUUGGUUAAAUUUUAUUCUAAUUUUGGCGAACAGGAGUAGAAAAAAGGACUUUCGUGACGUCGACUGCAUUGGACUUCAAAAAAACUCUGAUGUUAUCAGUAAAGGUUGUCGGCUCCCUUAGCAGGACUGAGCUUAUGGCACAGAGUGGGAAAUUGUUUCGUUUCAAUAAUUUAAUAAGAAACAGACGGAGGAUAAUGACGAGCCCAUUCAGCCUGGCCAAAGCUGAAGACGAUUUAGAAAAGAAUCCGUUUUUCGAAAAAUACGCGUCCAAAAUCCAAAAGUUGCGCGUCACCGAUCCUCAUGUUUUUGAACAGAAGUUAAAAGAAUUCGAGGGUCGUAAAAAGCAAUUGAAGGAAAAGCUCAAACCUCCCAACUUGCAGAAAAAUGUGGAAGAGUCGAAAGCCAAAGAGAAAAAAGGAUACAAGAACAAAACCUUAGACAGCAUAAUGAACGUUGAUAAGUUAAAAGGGAAGAGCAAAGAAGAGGUGGACCAUAUAUGGAAAGAGUACUACAAGUCCAAAGAGGACGUCGUUUUCGCCACAAUGUCCAAAGAACUCUAUAACAAGUUUGCGUCUAAGUGUAAAGAAUGUCCGACAUUUGUCGUCCCUCUUCCCAGGGGGGAAGGCUACGAAUUCUUCAUGUCGCAGUACGAAGACAACGGGUUACACUUCGCCUCAUUGGCCCAGUACAAACUUCACAAAGAGAGCUGCCCCGAAUGCCUCUGUCUGACUUACUUCCCCGAACUACCUCAAGACAUUGUCCUCAUGCUGGGGGAAUACGAUAACAAAAUACUUUCCAGCCUCGAAGCCAGCUGCAUCGUCAACGUAGUGCAGUAUUUCUACGGUAGCGAUGAUAAAUACCAAAUAGUCAAACAUUUUAACAAAGAUCCAAAGACAUUCGACUACAACGUUCUUAUCACCGCAAUGGGAAAUAUGUCGUUAAAUGAAAAAUAAUUUCAAAAUUUGUACUAUGUAGUUUGUUACCAAUUAUAUCUGUUGAAUUCAAA